CCUACGUUCGUGCCUCACGAUCUGAACGCCCAAAAAUCCCCUCAACCUGCCAAACCCUACAGCCCCGAAGGCCCCAAACCCCCUCAAUUGUGUCUGCUAUGUCUUUACAUGUACGCACUGCUGCCGCUUUUCCUGGGGAUGUGGAAGCUCUAAACACAGGUGAUCGUCCUAGCGUUCCUCCUGCAUCUGCUUCUGUUCCUCUUCAACAGCAAGCUGCCAACACGUCUGCAAAUGAUGGAGCAGGCACCGUAGCUCAGAACCAUCCACUCCCAGCUCAAGCUCAGGAAACAGUCUUAGCUCAGGGCCAGGGCGAUCUGGUCGCAGCUCAGGCUAGAGAUGUAGAGCUCAACCACCACCUCAAACGACUCCGUGUCAUUAUUGGUAUCGGAGCAGCUGUCAUCUUGAUCACGGCUUCGGCCAUGAAAGCUGCUGGCUGCACCUACGAAGACAUCAAAUGGCCCGUUACCAUUGAGAUUACGAUUCUUACCGCUUUCCUUUCGCCGACAUAUGCUAGCAUCAUCGCCUAGUGGGCUGUUGUAGCGCCUGGUUACGGAACAUACGGUCAAGACUUCACACUUUGGUAUACAAGGCACGGUGCAAGAGGCUCGGGCUGCAAAGAGUCCUCUCUAGGCAACCCACAAUGUUCCAUAAACCAACC